GCUUCGGGGCGCUGUGGUGCUUGCGGCUGGAGUCUGAGGCGGAGAGCGCGGCGCUAGGAUGAACGCCCCUCCGGCCUUCGAGUCGUUCUUGCUCUUCGAGGGUGAGAAGAAAAUCACCAUUAACAAGGACACUAAGGUGCCCAAUGCUUGCCUGUUCACCAUCAACAAAGAAGACCACACUCUAGGGAACAUCAUUAAAUCCCAGCUCUUGAAGGACCCACAGGUGCUGUUUGCCGGCUACAAAGUCCCUCACCCCUUGGAGCACAAGAUCAUCAUCCGUGUACAGACCACCCCAGACUACAGCCCUCAGGAGGCCUUCACCAAUGCCAUCACAGACCUCAUCAGUGAGCUCUCCCUUCUGGAGGAACGAUUCCGGGUGGCCAUCAAGGACAAGCAAGAAGGGAUUGAGUAGCAAAGUGAAGCACUGCUUAAUGGCUGUAAGGCUGGUGCAUACGUCCUCAGGGCCCUUCUUAGUACCUUCGACGAGGACAGCUAGUUUAAGCUCUCUGUAGCUGCACACUGGACACAGCCCCAUUCUGUACAUAGACCGUUACUUUCCUAAUAAAGUAUAGCAGGAGCCUGUGUGCAACA